GACAGAUUUCAGUGUAGUACCGUCUGUCGUAAACAGAAGGAUUAUGAAAGCAUGAUCAGUGACUGCGACACAAACUCACUCAUGGCCGCGGUUUCAUGGCUUAUUUAGGACCUCGGCUGCGACCGUCACGCAUCGUGGUCCCUGGUGUGUCCGUGUUCAGACGCCUCGGCUCGGGCGGGAUGGAGAACAUGGGUCUGGCGGUGAGUCGCUCCCCGCUGGAGCGGCUGGAGUUUGACAACGCCGCCCUCAGGAAACUUCCCCUGGACCCGUCGGAGGAUCCCGGCGUGCGGCAGGUGAAGGGAGCGUGCUUCUCCCGGGUGAAGCCGCAGCCGCUGACCCGGCCUCGCUUCGUGGCCGUGUCGCAGGACGCCCUGGCGCUGCUGGGGCUCAGCGGGGAGGAGGUCACCGAGGACCCGCUCGGAGCGGAGUAUCUGAGCGGCUCCAGGGUGAUGCCCGGAUCCGAGCCCGCCGCUCACUGCUACUGCGGACACCAGUUCGGACAGUUCGCCGGGCAGCUGGGCGACGGGGCGGCCUGUUACCUGGGGGAGGUGAAGGUGCCUCCCGGUCAGGAUCCAGAGCUGCUCCGGGAAAACCCGAGCGGCCGGUGGGAGAUUCAGGUGAAGGGAGCAGGACUGACUCCUUACUCCAGACAGGCUGAUGGCCGAAAGGUUCUGCGCUCCAGUAUAAGAGAGUUCCUCUGCAGUGAGGCCAUGUUCUUCCUGGGUGUGCCCACCACCAGAGCUGGUUCCGUGGUGACCUCUGACAGCAGGGUGGUACGGGACGUGCACUACAGCGGACACCCGCGCCAGGAGAGAUGCUCUGUGGUUCUCCGCAUCGCCCCCACCUUCCUCAGGUUUGGAUCCUUUGAGAUCUUCAAGCGGGCAGACGAGUUCACCGGGCGCCAGGGUCCCAGCUACGGGCGCGAUGAUAUCCGAGGUCAGAUGUUGGAUUAUGUCAUUGAGAUGUUUUAUCCUGAGAUCCAGCAGAAUUACCCAGACCGAGUGGAGAGGAACGUGGCUUUCUUCAGAGAGGUGAUGCUUCGCACCGCUCGGCUCGUGGCUCAGUGGCAGUGUGUAGGUUUCUGUCAUGGAGUCCUGAACACAGACAACAUGAGCAUCCUGGGAGUCACGCUGGACUAUGGUCCAUACGGCUUUAUGGACAGGUUUGAUCCAGAUUUCAUUUGCAACGCCUCCGAUAACUCCGGCCGUUACUCGUACCAGGCCCAGCCGGCGAUCUGCAGGUGGAACCUGGUGAAGCUAGCAGAGGCUCUUGCCCCAGAGCUGCCACCGGACCGGGCUGAGGCUGUCACGGACGAGUACCUGGAUCUGUACAACGGCUUCUACCUGGAGAACAUGAGGAAAAAACUGGGCUUAUUGAAGAAGGAAGAGCCUGAGGAUGAAAUUCUGAUCACAGAGUUGCUGCAGACCAUGCACAAUACAGGUGCGGACUUCACGAACGCCUUCCGCAGCUUGAGUCAGAUUUCCUGUCCUGCUGAGGGUGAAGGUGAAAGAGAAGAGGAGCUAGUGAAGGAGGCGACUGAACUCCUGCUGGAACAGUGCGCCUCCUUAGAUGAGCUCAAGGCUGCAAACAAACCUACGAUGGAUCCACGUGAGCUGGCGAUGCUGCUGUCCAUGGCUCAGAGCAGCCCAGCGCUGUUCCAGAUGAUCUCAGACAGGAUGACAAUAGCGAGGCAGUUGGACAAACUCAGCAGACUGAAAGAUCUGAUGGAGACGAGCCAGGAGGAGCUGAGGGGCAAACAGGCCGAGGAGUGGACUCGCUGGGUCGCAAGCUACAGGAAGCGUCUGGCUCGUGAGCUGGAGGGGCAGAGCGAUGUGCAGGCUGUGCAGGAGGAGAGGGUGAGAGUGAUGGACGGCACCAACCCGCGCGUGGUUCUCAGGAACUACAUCGCCCAGAAUGCAAUCGAAGCUGCAGAGAGUGGAGACUUUUCUGAGGUCCAGCGGGUUCUCAAGGUUCUCGAGAAGCCCUUCUCUUCGCAGCCAGGUCUGGAGCUUCCUGCGUGGGUGGGCGGAGGCGGCGCUGCAGAACGGGCGGAGAGAGACGAAGGAGAGGAGCAACAGCAAGAAGCUGCAUCUCCAUCCACAGCUAGAGAUCCUGUUCCCUACGACAGCAAACCUCCAGCUUGGGCUAAUGAACUCUGUGUCACAUGAUCUUCGUAGUAACUUUCCUGAUUAUCAGCUCGUCUGCCUGAAAGAGAGAGUUUAUUCUUGUUUUAAUUUUACUGUCUCUCCUCGCUCUUCCAGUCACUGUACAGCUCUCUCUUUCAUUGGCAGGCAGCGUCAGGGAAGUUAGCAUGAGGCACGACGCACCACAGGAUACCUUGCUGACGCAAAACAGACAGGGGCUGAGUUAAGUUUGGUACAAACACAUAAAAUUACAAAUAUGACGGUGCCAUAUCUGGUGAAAAGUUUUUGACCAUGUGUGAAAUGGGUUUUAAGGAUACGUUUCUUCCGAUGGCUUCACAUUUCUGAAUUUAACAGGAUGUUGUGAUGGAGAUAACCAAUCGAACAAAACUUCAUUUUAGGAAUUCCAUUGACAUGGGUUUGGCCGGGUCACCCAAAAAAUUCAUGGGUGGAGUUUUAGUCAGUGACCCAGAAUGCAAGAUGCAUCAGGUGAAAGAAAAAGAUCGGAUUUUUAAUCAAAAGUCUACAGAAGUAGAGUUUAUAAAAUAUACAUGGAGACACAUUUUCUCAUUUCCUGGGACUUCCCCCCCCAAAAAGCAGCCUCAGCUCGCGUCCUGUCUGUUUAGUGUUUAGUUAGGGAUUAAUGACGAGUCAGACAACAAGUCCUACAGUGACCUGUCUGAUUCUGAUGACCUGUGGGGUGUCACCUCAACAUAUACCAAAUAAUAUGAUAUAUACAGUGUGUGUGUGUGUGUGUGUGUGUGUGUGAAAGAUGAUGUUAUGCUUGUGGGUGAAAGGGAAUUACUGCACUUGUUUCUUUAAGCCGCGGAAGAUAAUACGCACAAUAUAUUCUAGACAACACCAUCACUGGUAUAGAACAGAACCUCACAUAUGAACUUAGCUUGUUAAUUUCUUGUUAAGUGAACAUCGACACGACUGUUGAGAGAGAGAAAAAGAGGAAACACAUGACCAACCAUUGUCGAGGCAAACUUUAAUAGAGGAAGUUUAUUAACGUGUCAUAAAUGUGAUGCUAACAAGUGUGGUUCUCUCCAUAAGGAAAGAAAAACAUGGACACACAUACAUGAAUCGACUGCCUUUAGGGCCAACACCACUGGUUAUAGCUUGUGCCCUCUGAAUCAGGAUCAAUCUGUUGGUUCGGUGAAUGAAUUUUAGACCUGUUGUAAAAAAGCAUCAAAACAUCCUCGCUUAACAGACGACAGGGAUGGACAUGAAAUUAGAUUUUAUUUUUGCUUAAUAAUGUGAAAUAUAACUGAGCGCUCCCUCAGCUAUGUCUUUAACCUAUCUUAAUAAACAGAGCAGUGUGAUAAA